AUGGAGACUUAUGGCAAGAAAAAGAAGAAGACUCUGAUGGGCUCAUUUGCUUCACUCAGAGACUCGCAGUACAUCAAAGCAAAGAAGAAUAGAGCGAAUAAGAGAGAGUCAAGCACGCGCCAAUUAUCGGCUUUUCACUCGACAACCGGUAUUGAAGAACAGGAACCAGUUGAAGAAAGUCCAAAUGAGCAAAGCAGUGAUUUGUUAGAUGAGCCUGUUGUCAAUCAACCAAGCGUUGCGGCUACAACCACCGAGAGCAACCUACCACAAUUGCCAAGUCUCAAUUUCAGUGAAAAGGAGAUGUGGAUUACGGGAAAGACCACUCUUACCGAAGCUAAUGACUCUAAUGGUGAUUGUCAUGCGGAAAAUCCUUCAUCUCACGCACGAAAGAAUUCUGCGCCUCCUAUUCCGAGGAAGUCAUCUAAGAGAAAGUCGGAAUUGAAGACGGCUCGUCAUAGGAGUCCAACGAAGGAUUUACAAUAUAGAAGAUUUGCCAAGGAGCCAAAUUUUCGAGCCUCAAGCAGUUUUCGCGAGCAAGCUUCCGGAAGCCCAUCAAAAUCAGUUGCCAGUCCUUCUGAUCCGAAUGUUAUCAAUGCUUCCGUUGCUCGAACCCUCAAAGCAACUGAGGAGCUCAAGGCCGGCUCGACCAACUCAUUGGUUGUCGAAAAAAAGCGACGCUUGAAGGCUGGAGCUUUUCUCAAAGUCAAGAAUGUUUUACAAGGAAGUUUUCGUCGUCGCAAGAAUGAUAACAGCCAAAAGGAUUCAUUGGUUGAUUCCCCUCUCGUCAACCCGCCACAAAUCAAUGAUCACGUUCAUAGACGCUCAAAGUCUCUGACCCAGAAUUUGAAGGAUAAUACCAAACUUCGAAAUUUAACAGGAAACCUGAAAAUCCCUAGAAAACCACUGAGAAGUGAUGCGAGAUCAAUUCACAGUCAGCAUUCGACUAUGACCGACCCAUUCACCGAGCCACCGAGUUCGAGUGAUCAAAUCAUGCCUCCUCCUGCCUUCGGUGGUCAAAUGUUUGACCAAAAAUCCGCACCAGAGUUCCCAAGUCCAGAGCGGAAGAACAAGAAAGUUUCAGCUCACCAAAAUAACAAAGGCUUCGACGACCUGGAUUCGUUGCUCACAUCAAGCCCAUUGGCUCAAUCUACCCCAAGACUGCGACUUGAAUGCAACCAUACCGAUCCCGAUAGAAGUAGAAGAAUGCAAAAGGUGGACGCAGGAUCUCCAUCUGUGCUUGAUCAUAACGCUUUUGCUGAAGACAGCGAAAUCUAUCAAGGUAUGCUCGCUGGUAGUCCAGUCAAAGUAAAGGACCAACCCCAACCCGAGCACAUUCGAAAUCUUGUACAGCAGGUUGGCAUACUUAAGGAGAAGACAGUCAACAAUUUUGCUGCCGCGGUCGCUGCCGUUCAAACUCUAUCUACAUCUACAAGUGAUUCGGGGUUUGCUCCGCUUAAUCGGAAGCUAAAGAAACAUCCUUCUCCAAGCAAGGCACAACUAGAAGUAUUGAGUAGAAAUCUUCCAAACUUCGCUGACCCCAAGCCUGUUCUCUACCGUACUCACAAGCACAAAGACAGCAAUGACAUCAACAAGGCUAACUUUGCUUUGAGGGAGAAGCGUAAGAAUGAUCACCAAGAACUCUUGGAAGGAUUACUUACUUCAGAUGAUGAGGCCGAAGACUGUGAAGAGACCGAGCCAAGCUUUCAUGGCUUUCCUCAAAGAGCCCAUCGGUUGACCAGAUCAUCGGCUUCUCUUCCGCUAAUUGGUAUUACGUCCCGACCUAUCUCGGCAAGUCAGUCAUCGCCAACCCUUGGUGUCGAAGGUUUGGAGGUUGGAGCUUCUGUUCAACCUAGAAACAUCAUGGAUCAGGAUGAUUCAAUGAUGGACCUAGAUGAAUUACAGUUAGUUUCAACAUCUCCUCCAACUCAAACCUUUCAUAGCAAUGAGAGCACCGGCGAUCUUAUCGUUUUCUGA